AUGCCAAAUUUUCAGGAAGCGAGCAGAGAGACGCUUACAGAUAGUUUUGGAAACGACAGGAGCAGCAGCGGGACAGCCAAAUCAGCUGAUCGCUUUGAAGGCUUGUGGAGGCAACUUGGAGAGUGUCACCAAAAUGCACUUCAGGAAUUGGAAGCAAAAGUAAGCAAGCUGAAAAAGGAACGUUGCCUAGAUGCGCAGAGGCUUGAAGUGUUUUACAGUCGCAACCAGCAGCUCAAGGAGCAAAAUAAAAACCUGCAGGAUGCCAUGGCUCUCCUGGAGGAAAGGCUUCAAGCAGCAGAGUGUGAUCGAUGCUCCAUCUUAGAGGAGAACCUGAAAAACGGUCAGCAGCAGAAUCUGCGUCUUAUCGAGAAACUAAAAAAUGAAAGAAACCUGCUGGAGGAUGAAAACAAUAAGCUGCGAGCUGAGCUGCAAAAACUGAAGAGUUCUCGGUCUGAAUCCAAGGAGGCCUCACCCCCAGAACAGGAAGAGGGCGUUAUUCCAGACUCCCCGAUCUUGCCCAGCUCACUGCCUGUGGUAAACAGAUUGAAGAAACAGAAAAAUAACAACCAAAUGAAGCGUGUGCGCUAUGCAGAGGUGCCUCUACCACAGUCUAAUAAUUCGCUCUUCAAUGAGCUAUACAAAGAUCCUGACGGUGCCACAAAGAAUCCUGGAAGAGCAGAAGUGCUCGUCCCUAACACCUGUGAAAUGGACGCGUCGCAGAUCUCAAACGAUGUGACUGAAGAUGAGGCAGCAAUUGCAGAAACUUGUGGCCUUGAACUUAUUGAAAAGCAGCAGAUGAAUCUCAGGAAAGCCCCAAGCCAGCAAAGAAACUUCAGCACUCUCUGGAAGCAGGAAGUUCGUUUAAAGCCUUGCUUCUCCUCCUCUUCAUCCACACUGAUGCACAGUCCAGACUCAACAUCUAAAGGGUCCCCAUCUCUUCUCCCACGCAUCAAAUGGUUUGCAGAAGGCGGCAGUGUGUGCAGGGCAAAACGGGUGAAGGAGGGAAGUCCAGAGGUACAGGAACGCAGUCAACGAGGACUCCAAGAAGACGCGGACAACCAGGAGGAAGGCGAACACCUACAGCGUGAACAGAUCAGCCAGACUGCCAUAUCUGUGAGCAAUCCAAGCAUCAAGAAGGAGCUACUAGAUAGGAAGGUACAGUCAGGACAUAAUAUGAGCACCAGCCAAAAGCCAAGCGCUUCUUGUAGCAGUCCUGCUUUCAAGAAGCCAAAAAUGAAGGUUAAACUGGAUGCAGAUGGGAAGAAAAGAACCCCUCUGCAGGAUCUGAAUGCUUCACAAGGCCAGCGUGAAGCUAAAGACGCUGAUAGGAAGCACACAGUGGAGCCUACAUGGAGCAUCGAUCCCGCGCUCGCUCUGUCCAUGUACGACAGCGAGUGGAAAGGAGACGAGGAAAUGGAUGAGCAGCAGCAUCAUGUGGAGAUGGCAGAUACAGACUGCACCUGGGUCAGUCACAGCUUACUUCAGCGUCAAAGAGAGAAGGAUCGAGACAGAGGAGACAGUGUGUUCGGACUCGGUGAAAAAGCAAAUGAUAGCUUGGAUAUGAUGUUCGACACUACGGCUUACGGGGAGUACAAAUCUUGCAACAGUUCACAUCUAGGCCAGAGCCAGCCCUGUGACAGUGAUGAUGAUGAAGAAGAGGAGGCCAUUGGAGAAGAUCCUCCUGAAGACAGUGCAUGCCAGUCUAAAGCACAACACCCAGCGUUUGCACAUGUAGCAGUCGUUCGCAAAAAGGAUGAGAGAAGAAAACUGAAGGGCACUACCUGUAAGGAAUGUGAAAUUUAUUACGCCCAUCUGCCAGAGGAGGAAAAACAGAAAAAGCUGUCUGCUUGCUCAAGGCAUCGUUUCCUGUACGUUCCUCCAUGCACACCUGAAAACUUCUGGGAAGUUGGAUUCCCAUCAACACAAACGUGCAUUGAGAGAGGUUACAUCAAAGAAGAGAAGAAUCCUGAGGCGCGCUUACGGAGGAGGCAGCCAUUAAAUGCUUUAUUCUCACCGAAGCGAAACAAGGAGGAGAAAUAAAAAUGUCCAUCUGUAAAAGAGCUGAUGCUGUGAAGGUUGACGUUGUUUCCUUUCUCCCCUUCAGUCUUUUUGACUUGUGUUUUGUUUUUUAAAUGUUUUUUGUGUGGAUAGUUUGGAUGAAUAAAUAAUUGUGUAGCUAUGGAGUGUUGGGAUUGUCACAGUUCAUCUACAAAUGACAAAUAAGUAAGUAAUAAUAUGCAAACCUUUAAAUUCUGACCCAGUGCAGUAAGGACAGUUUGUACCAAACUUUUAUUUGGUCAGGAGAUCAGAUAAUAGACAAUAUUAUAAAAUGAAUGUAGAAAAAUAGAAUCUGCAUUCCCAGUUAAUAAAGAAAAAGUCAUUUGAGGUGAACUCGUCUAAAGUGCUGAAAUUCGUCACACGUGAGAAUCCCUCUCAGAAUAGAUCAGCAGAGCCUCUCCGACGUGACUGACGACCACAC